GCUGACCCAUUGGAGGCACUAUCUCCUUGGGAGAUUCUUCUACGUCAGGACUGAUCAUCAGACCCCGAGGUGGAUGAGGACACAGCCUGUACUCUCCGGUGCUUUGAAACGUUGGAUUGAAGUCAUAGAACAAUAUGACUUCGAACCCCGGUACAUCAAAGGGGAGUACAACAAAGUUGCUGAUGCGCUGUCGCGUAGGCCAGACUUCCGUGGUGCGCUGAUCACUGAGUUUGGGCUUGCGGACAAUAUUACUCAGUCCUUGGUGGAAGCCUAUCGUAAGGAUCCGUUCAUGGCAGAGAUCAUACGAAGACUCGAGGCGAAGGACAAGGUGACUUCUGACGAGUUUGUGUUGGUCGAUGCCCUGCUGUUCCUCGAGAAGGCCGGGAAUAAAUUGGUUGGAGCACCUCCCCUUGCACAGCAGAACAGGAGGCGAAAGCAGAGAAAAGAAAAGAAAGAGGCCAAGAAGAAGACCCUGAUGGAGGAACAGGGGGCGAAAUUGAGAAAGAUUGAGGAGGAGAUGGCCAGAGAGAGAGAGAGGCUGAGGAAAGAGCAGGAAGAGAAGUUGAAAGCGGUAGAAGAGGAGGAAGAGGUAGAAGAACAACUACUGGAAAGGAGAAGAAGGGGGCAAGGAGGUGAAUCCAGUGGUACAAAGGAAGAUCAGAUGGAGAAGAAAAUUAUGGAGUGGGUUGCUGGUUUAUCCCUGGGGGAAGAAGAGGAGGCACUGAUGUAUGUGCCCAGAGAAGAACAAGAGGCCGCCAUGAAAGAGUGGGAUGCAGAAGAAGACCCACUCAAGCGGCAGGCGAUAGAGGAUGAGAAGAGGAUGGAGUGGAAGUUCCGAUUGACGAGGGAGAGGAAAAGAAGAAUGGAGUCGGCGAGCCAGGCGGCGAAAGAAUUAGCGGAGGUAAAGAAGCAAAGAGAGCAGAUGGCGACACAGGUGGACCUAUUGGGGAAAAUGGAGAUAAUGGCGAGAAACAUAGAGCGCCUGGCACAGGUCCAGGAAGAACAAUAUCUGUUUGGUAGAGGUCAGGACAUUGCCUUACGCUCUAUACGGCCGGGGCUCCGGGACUUCACCAGGGAAUUGGCGACGCAGGUGGGCUCAGAGGUGAGGACCCGCCUAGAAGGCAUGGAACGUUAUUGUACGGACGCCAUAGAAGGCGUUAGAUUGACUGCUCCCAAGGAGGAGGAAGCACGUCCCCAUAGGGAGCCGGUCAAGGUCAAGUUCCCAGAUUCCUAUAGCUGGAAGAAGGAAGAAAAUUUUGAUAAUUGGGAAGCCAAUAUCAAAACAUACGUGCACCUACAGAAAGUCUCCCCGGAUGAGCACGUCCUAAUAGCCAUUCACACCCUGAGGGAGGCGGCAGCCAGUUUUGCCAGGUCCCUGUGCCGCGCAACCAACUGCAAUGAUGAUUUAGUCGCCUACUCUGCAUUCACUCCCCUCAAUGGUUUUCUUAAGCUAUUGUGCGAACGAUUUGCAGAUGUCUCGCGCAACGUCAAAGCCUCCGAUCGAUUGCAAACCAUCCACUCUUGGCAGUGGAAGAGUGCUAGGGCACUCAAAGGUGUGAUGGAUGAGUUGGUAGCCAUUCCUGACCAUGGGGUUACUGAGACCCAAUUGGUCAACCUCUUCUACCGGGCUAUGCCCGAACAAUUACGAGGGCACUUCUUCGAGAAGAGCCAGCAGGCCACCAUGACCUACGACGCAUUGAGCAGGGAAGUGGUGGCGUUCAAAGCGAGGUCCAUGUCAAUUUCCACUUUUUGGCAUAAGGACCUAGAUAAGGGCAAAAAGUGGAAGGGUCGCACCAUCUCGGGUCAGGUCAAGACCAACGAUCAUUUGAUCCUUACGUUAGAUGAGGGUGGUGUCGACGAAGUCCCCUACGAGCAGAUUGAGUGGGGACUAGAGGAGGAGGACAUUGGCGUUAGCCAGGGGAGGACUUACGCUGUUGUCGUGGUCGGAGGGAGGCCGCAAGGAGGAGGUAGAGGCCACGGCCAAGGGGGUCGGGCCUCAGGGGGCCGUUCCCAGGGCGAUCAGGGGGUUGGUGGUAGAAGAGGAAACCACCAAGCGGGAGGAAGGGGUCAAGGUCCCCCACAAAACCGUUCAGGGAAUAGGUCGCCUAAUAGGGGCCUAGCGAAUUACAAUAGGAAGUUUGUGCGCAACUUCUCCACCAUCGCUGCACCCCUUCGCAGGUUGAUGAAGAAAGAACCGAUCUGGAAGUGGGACAAGAACUGCAUGUCUGCCAUGAAGAAGUUGAAGCAGGCGGUGAUAGAGUACCCAAUCCUUAAGGUAGUCGAUCCGUCCUUACCUUUCGUCGUCACUGCGGAUGCGAGCCAAUAUGGAAUAGGCGUUGUGUUACAGCAAGACAACGGCAACGGAUAUAGACCCGUAGAGUUCAUGUCUGCUAGGAUGCCUUCAGAGAAGGUCGCGACAUCCACCUAUAAGAGGGAACUCUACGCUCUCAGGCAAGCAUUAGAACACUGGAAGCACUACUUGCUUGGGAGGCACUUCAAAGUCUGUUCAGACCACGAGACAUUAAGGUGGUUGAGGACUCAGGCCAAGAUGACACCUAAGCUGACUAGGUGGGCCGCAGAGGUAGACCAAUAUGAUUUUGAGCUCAAGCCAGUAAAAGGGAAGUAUAAUGUAGUUGCGGAUGCUCUUAGUAGGAGAGCUGACUACUUUGGAGCAAUAGUCCAUUACCUAGAUAUAGGGAGAGACCUGCAACAGAAAGUUAGAGAGGCAUAUGUGCAUGACCCUAUUUAUAGCGACCUCCUCAAGAGACUUAAGGAGGCCCCAAAGACCGAGCCAGAUUACCACAAUACAGAGGGGUUGCUAUUCGAGAAGACUAAUGUAGCAGACCGCUUGUGCGUUCCCAACAACGAGGAGAUUCGUAGUCUGAUCCUAGGGGAAUGUCAUGAUACAGAGGGACAUUUCGGUCGGCAAAAGACUCUAGCCAAUCUAAUGCACGCGUACACUUGCCCAGGGAUGAAAAAUGACUGCAUAGAGUGUCAGCUUCAACAAUGUGCAGCAAUGUCCGGUGCGAACUGAAAUCCCAACACAAGCCCAGUCUCUUUUGGCUUUUUCUUCUCUCUCUCUCUCUCUCUCUCUCUCUCUCUCUCUCUCUCUCUCUCUCUCUCUCUCUCUCUCUCUCUCUCUCUAAAUGCCCGGUUGCCUUUCGAUAUAUACCAUGCUUAGCUGGCUUAACCCACUGCCAACCCCACCCUUCGCAAACCGAAGGAGGAGGUGUGUGUGGGAGAGAGAGAGAGAGAGAGAGGUGAGGAGAAACUGGUAGGAGAUGGGGUGGGAGUGUUCUAGAAUAAAAGUUUCAAGUUUAG